AUGGCUUCGAGUGCUCCUACCCUUGCUGUCUUCCAUCAUGCUGACGAUAUCAAGCCCAGCAAUCGCGGGGGCUUUGGCGCAUACUCCGACCUAAUUGGUUCAAAGCAAGUCACAUGCUCAGAAUCGACAAAGUCGGUUUGUACUGGUGUUUGGGGCCUUGACCUCGAUACGCCGACCUCGCCGUUUGUCGCCACGCACGAUGAGGCGAAAUAUGUGGUCAAGGGAGAGGCUGUUGUGAAAGACGAGGUGACCGGUGAAACACAUGUUUUGGUACCCGUAUCUUUAUUCUGGAUUCCAGCUGGAGCGAAGGCGUCCAUAGUCUCAUCGCAUGGCCUCAAGACCGUUUACGUCGAAUCAAGAUUGAUGGCGCCCACUCAGGUCCCCACAAGCUCAGAGACAUUGGAGAAAAAGCUGAAUGGACUUAUUGCCGAAUACGUGGCGCAAAAUCCAGCCUCCAAGAAGGCAAACGAACGGGUGCGACAGAGCCUUCCAGACGGUAGCACUCGGUCGGUUCUGGAAUCGAGUCCUUUCCCUCUAUCCGUCAAAUCAACAAAGGGAUCUUGUCUCACCUCGGUUGACGACAAAGUUCUAGGGGCUGUGACAGAACUUGAGGCUGAGCUUGCAGAGUCUCUCAAAGAACGGUUCUCUAGUAUUGACCUCGUCCGGUUUUGCAACUCAGGUACUGAAGCAAACACUUAUGCACUUGCAGCUGGGCUGGCUUAUACAGGCCGAAAAAAGGUAAAAUUUUACAAAGCUCGCCAUGAAUUUGCCCCGUUCAAAGGCUUAUCAUUCCACGGGUUCUCGUUUUUGACCGGGGAUAUCACGGUGGAACGCUUACCUUUAGCAGCGAGCCAAACCCACUCAACUUACCACACGAACUUUGAAAUAGGUGCAAUUUUGGUGGAGCCAAUGCAGUGUGCUGGCGGGAUGCGUCCAGCUAGCGAAGAAUUCCCGCGCUUCCUCCGUGAGGCAGCCAACAUUCUUGGAACAGUCUUGAUCUUUGAUGAGGUGGUUAUAUCUCGCUUGGACUACCACGUUGUGCAGGGCAAGCUCUCCAUCACUCCCGAUAUGACUACUCUUGGCAAGUAUAUCGGAGGCGGCAUGCCAUUCGGAGCCUUCGCGAGCAGGAAGGAAAUCAUGGGACAGUUCGACCCUCAAUCGGACAGUAGCAAGCAGCUAUCCCAUUCUGGUACUUUCAACAACAAUAUCUUCACGAUGAGUGCAGCAGUCGCGGCAUCAAAGAUCGUGACCAAGGAAGCCAUUGACAAAACUAUCAUGCUGGGGGAGAGAGCCCGCCUGGGCAUGAAUGCCAUCCUUCAGAAAAAGGGGAAAAGCGACAAAGUUUUUGCUAUAGGCUGCGGUAGCUGUGUUGGACUCCACUUCGUGGGUCCCGAUGCUGACAUUCUCCGUGAGAUAUGCUACUUCCAUAACAUUCUCCAAGGAUUGUGGAUUGGUCGUCGUGGCUUUUUAACUUUCAACUUUGCGCACACUGGAGCAGAGGUGGACACUUUCCUUGCCUCUUUCAAGGUUUAUGUAGAUCUUUAUGUAUGA